AUGACGACCUCGGAUUUUGUUCUUUUCCCAAUGGCCGUUCCCCGAUCUAAGCAGUAUUUCAUGGAUCCCGUCGACAUGUUCUACCCCAUGGAUGUCUACGGACAAACCGACCUCUCCCGUCUGCCCCAUUCGUACUUCGAUACCCACAUGUUUGAGUCGGAGCUCAAGAACUCCAAUUUCUCGAUGCCCACCACACCUCCUUCCGCAUACUCCACAGACCCUCAGAUUGCCACAGGCUCUGCUGCCUCGGGUCCGUCCAUUGCCAGCGCAUCUUCCUCGGCCAUGGGAUCUCCAUAUUCAGGGACCGCGCAUGCUUUCCAGGAGAACUGGGUCAACACAAACAACGGACUCGGACUGCCUGGGGUAGUCAUGAGUGACAUGUUCCCCCAAGAGUAUAUGCAGAACAGCAUGGACAUGGACAUGCUGUACCAAGAAAAGUUCCCGGGCAGUUAUGUCGGUAUGUGGUCGCCAAUGUUGUGGGAGAAAUCACAGAUGCUGACCGAUCCAGAUCCGGCAUUGAUACAACCAGAGCAACAAGGGCCUGGUUUGACUCCGACUAUUGCCUAUCCCGAACACGCCAACACCUACUCUAACUUGCCACACAACUACCUGGUGCCUUCUCCCACCACUUCUCCCCUUCCCUAUAAUGAAAUCGCAGAGCACCACCCCUCUCCGCGCUCACACCCGGCGCAACACGCUGGACCAUCACCCUUGAUGGUUUCUCGCUCCCACCCGCAGUCGCGCCCAGUCUCAGUAUAUGACAGACGGUCUUCCAUCUCCUCCGUCCGAUCGCGACGCUCGCAGCACAGCCCGGCGCUGAGCAGCAUCGAGCCCGAUGAUGAGGCCAGCGAGAAAGGGCGGUGCCCACACUCCGAGUGCGGACGUGUUUUCAAAGAUUUAAAAGCCCACAUGUUGACCCACCAGUCAGAACGGCCAGAGAAGUGCCCGAUUCUGACCUGUGAGUACCACACCAAGGGCUUCGCUCGCAAGUACGAUAAGAACCGCCACACAUUGACCCACUACAAGGGAACAAUGGUUUGCGGGUUCUGUCCGGGACCUGGAUCCCCCGCUGAAAAGAGCUUCAACCGAGCCGAUGUCUUCAAGCGGCAUUUGACUUCCGUCCACGGCGUGGAGCAGACACCCCCCAACUGCCGUAAGCGCAGCCCCGGCGCAUCAUCAAAGAAGGGCACCAACUACAGUAGCGAUGCCACCGGCAAGUGCUCAACAUGUUCCUCGACCUUCUCCAACGCCCAGGACUUCUACGAGCAUCUGGACGACUGUGUUCUGAGUGUGGUGCAGCAAGAAGAGCGUUCUGAGGCCAUCAACCAGCAGCGCCUUGCUGAAGUUGCCGGCGACGAGGAGGUCAAAAAGACGAUGGAAAAGCACCAACUGAAUGUGUCCUCUCCCGUCGAUACAUUCAAUGAUUACGAUGAGCUCAACGAUGAGGAUUCUCACGACCUCUCUGACUGGGUCGCCGGUCGCAGCGGCUUAAAAUCCAACAAGGGGAACAACAUUCUCUCCUCGCGUCCAAUCCUUGGAUCCGGCAAUGCCGUCUCCAAAUCCAAGCCCCCUCGCGCCGUCGCAACCCGCCGCCGCAACAACCGUGGCAAUUACCCACAGUCCUGGGGCUGUCCCAGCAGCAGCAUCAAGACCAAGAAGCGCGUUCUCUGUGUUUUCGAUGGCCCCCGUCGACUGUGGAAGGACGAGAUGAUGCUCAACAACGAGUUUGAGGUCCGUGUCCGUCUCCCUCGUCACCCUGAGGAUGACCGCGAUGCCUAUGUCACCGACCUGGACAUCGAGACUCUCAACCGUGCUGAGGGAAUUCACGGUGCGACUGACGAGGAGCGCGGUCCUUGGAUCGGUGGUCCUUCUCCUUACAUUAUGGGCCAGCCGGCGAUGCCUUUGCCGGAAAUGUGCCAGAUGCAUGAUGAUGAGGUUUCCAUCAAUGACUUAAUGGCUUGA